AUGUCAACAUUAACAACGGAGUCAUUCCAGCAGAUAAUAAAGGAAAGAUUGCAGGCCACAUUAGUCCAAGUGGAAGAUAUGUCAGGUGGAUGUGGACAAGCAUUCGCGGUCAUAAUCGUAUCCCCCAUAUUCAAGGGUAAGAAUAAAUUAAUGAGACAUAGAUUGGUGAAUCAUGCUUUGAAAGAUGAAAUAGCGAGUAUUCAUGCAUUUACCCAAAAGGGAUUUACUCCUGAUGAAUGGGUAGCCCAAGGUGGAAAACUAUAA